GAAAGAACUUCAUUUAUUAUCGUCUCAAUGGCUGGCAUGAAGCUUGAUUACUUUUCUUGCGAAAGUGAGCUUGGUUUUCUUUGAAAGGGCCGAUUGCCGUCAAAGUUCGGGCUUUUAUUUACGAUUCAAAGUUAAGUAUUGUGAAAUGUUUGAUUAUCAGUAGAAAGCCGCGAGCGCGUCAAUGAUUGACGAUGGUGAUUGUGGUAUAGACGCAGCAUUUACAUUCAUAACAAAAUGAACGACGGUGACUGGAUUUGCAGUGAUUCUAAUUGCGGAAAUAUCAACUUCGCUCGUCGAGUAUCAUGUUAUCGUUGCAAUAAAGAAAAGCCGGAUGCAGGGAAAAGUUUUAAUAAGAAGAAAUUGGGAACGGAGAUAGGAAAAUCGGCCGCCGAAAAAUCUAGAGGCUUGUUCAACGCAGACGAUUGGCAGUGCAACAAAUGCGCAAACGUCAACUGGGCCCGGCGUCAGACUUGCAAUGUUUGCAAUGCGCCAAAGUUCGGUGAAGUAGAAGCCCGUACGGGCUACGGCGGAGGCUACAACGAGCGCGGUGUAGUGGAGUACCGUCGACGGGAUCCAUCAUCUGAUGAUGAAUAUGAUGAAUUUGGUAGGAAGAAACGCAACAAGCGCAAGUCAGAGUCUCAGAGUCAAAGGAGUGACACCCAUGAUAAGGUUGGCACCACUGAAGUACCAGUGUCCAAAAAGUUGCCACUAAUGCUGCAAAAGGGAACCAUGUUGGAGCAUGCAUCUGCAUCAAACAAAAGAGAGCAUGAAAAAAUAAGUGGCAGCCUCAGUGAUGGUUCAGUGUGUGAACUUCCUCCACUCAGUAAAACUGCCUUCAGGAGACGUCAGAUCCAAAAUCAAACCAACUAUCACAGACAAGUUCAUAUGUUGCCGAAUUAUAAGACAGACACUCGUUCCCGCAAAAGAUAUUCAAGCACUGGAGACAAAGAGCACACCGGUUCAUCUGGACAUGAAACUGGAUGUAAAAGGAGCAAGAGAGAUAGUACUCAAUCUCCCAUUACAAAAGCUUAUAACCCUGUCAUGGAAAAUAUGGUAUCAUCAACAAAUAAUGAUGUACUAUACAAAUUCACUGGACCAUCUGCAGCUGAAAAUUUUGAAGUUACAUACACACUGGAGCAAAGAGUCAAGGCUGCAGCAUUUGCAAUAGUUUACAAUAAUUGCAAAAUUACUACCAACAAAUUCGAAGGCUUAUAUGACAAACCUGCACCAGAUUUUAAGACUAUUUUUGCAUGGAGGCAGCGUUUAUUAUUAACUGGUUGCUUAGUAGACGCUCAUACAGAUGGCAAAACUGAUACUGUAAAACCACACACAAACAUUCCUGCAAAGAAUAAUUUGCAGAAAAAACCAGUUCAAAAGUUGCCUAACCCUGAUGAAAUUAUCAUAUCAUCUUCAUCUGACAGUGAAAGUGACAAUAACAAAUUGUCACAAAAUGUGUCACAAAUGCCCAGGCCAAGAAGUGUUAGUGUUGAAACAAUGGUGAUAGGUGGCAUAGACAACAACAACAAACAACCAGGUAGCUCUGCUAGCACAGCAGAUGAGAGAACAUCACAUGGUAGGAGCCAUUCAAGAUCAACACAGCGUCGAGACCACUCUUCACAAGACAGUCAGGAAUCUGAUUACCCUGAUACAGAAUCUGAGCAAUUAGAUUCUAAAACAAAAUGUAGUCAAAACAGUACUAUAUCUACUAAGCCAGUACGACAGUCUGUUUGUGAUUCAGAUUCAGUCUCCUAUAACAGUGAUGAAGAAGAUUUCUUGUCAAGAGUUUAUAAAGGUAAAAAAUCUAAACGUAAAAUUAAGAGACACCAUAAUUCAGUCACUCCUGUUAAAACUACCACUUAUGAAUCUCCAAAUGUACCAGUUUAUUGUGGGUAUAAUACAGUAAAAGAGUCUGAAAAGUCUCCCCUGGUGACUGGCAAUAUCUAUACAUCAAAUGUACAAAAUAUGACUGUGAAAACCAGAGAGUAUUCACUCGUGGAUACAGACGGGUGUUCAAGUGAAUAUGUUCCAACAAAGCUUGGCUCAAAUGCAAAGAAAAACUAUCAAGCAUUUAGAGAUAAUGUCAAGAAGAAGGGCUAUUGGGCUAAGGCAAACGGUCAGUCAAUAUCCAAUAAACCAAAACCAAGGAAUCACAUUAAAAUGCAAACUGUUCAAAAUACUAAUAUAAUACAGGAUUCAUUUUGGGCUAAAACUAAUAAACAAUGCAUGUCCACAAAUAAUGUUACUAAUACACAUGUUAUCAUUCCUGGUGUACAAGACAAUACAUCUGAAAGCUUUUGGGCUAAAGAACAUUCUAUACCUAAAAAUACAAGAGAAUUCAAAGAGCCUGUGAUAAAAUGUGUGGAUAAACUGCCAAGCCAUCUUUAUGGGAAUGAGAAUCAAGGUUAUGUUUCAGCACAACAGCCAUUAAUCAAUGAUCAAAAUGAAUUUGCAAAUGAUGAUUUUAAUAACUUUCUACAAGUAGAUCACUAUACUUCGUUUGACAAAUUAUCAAUACCUGCUAUAGGAAAGUCGCCAGAGAAUACUUCUAGCAUAUUUGAUAUGGUACAGUCGAAUUCGGCGAGCAAAAAUAAAAGCAUAAUGGACAUUUUUAAUAUUGGGGAACAAGCUGAAGAAAGUGCUGAGGGAAAAAAUGACCUGGAAAAAUACGACAGUGCCAGGAAACUGUUUGAAGCUCAGUGGGACGAUGAUGACGACGCUCUCUACGGAAAUUCCGAUACAAUUGAGAUGUCUGUAGCUGCAAAGCGCACACCUUCACCUCCAAGCAUUGGAUCGAUAAAAGCACAGAGUCCUCCAAACAAUAUGGAAUAUAUUGAUGAAAUAGAUCAAGAAAAAACGUCUACGCCAAAUAAAAUAUCCAUGGAUGUUAUUCGUGAUAGACGUGAUAAGUUACUAGAUAUAUUGAAGGACUUUCAGAAUAAUCGGGAACAAGAAGUAAAUAGUAAUAUUUCGCCUUCAACUGCUGAUGCGCUGAAUUCCCCUAUCCCGCCAAAACAAGACUUUAUUAACCAAAUGAAUAAACAGACCAUACCCACCAGUCUUAUAAAAAGACCUGAGGCUAUUCCUGCAGAGCUCUCCAGUGAAAUAGUGUUGUCUGGACAAGAUAAAGAAAGUACAAACAAUUCAUAUAAAAUCAGCCCAUCUAAACAAGUUCACAUUAUCGAAUCUAUAAUUAUUCAGCCAAAUGAUGAUUUAUAUGUGGAACAAAAUUGUCAUCCACAUACUGAUCAUAGUUCAUCUAAAUCGGUAACAAAUAAUUCAGAAUCAUGUUUUGGUUUACAAGAACCAACAACUCCAGCGGAAAUUCAAGAUUCUGCUCCAACCCCACAAAUCUUAGCACCACAAAUAGAUUUGUCAAAUAUACUAUCUGGUUUAAAUACUAAUACUCUUUUAUUAGCUCUGCAAAGUAUUCAACAAAUAUCACAAAAUUCAUCAACUGGUAACACAAACACUGUGGCACAGGAAGAUACUGAACAAAAUGCUCCCAAUGAUGAUGAACCUGUGGAGACUAUUAAUUUGACAAAUGACGAGGAUUGGGAGAAAGAGUCUAAUGCAGAUAACAGCAUUGAACGUCAACUAGAAAGGCUUGAUGGCAACACUGGAGAUACUCCUUUUUUGAGCGACAUCUUUGAUCCCAGUCCAGUCGUUAUACCUCCACAAAUCGCGAAAAAACUAAAUAUAAACCUCAAAAAACCAGAAGAUAAAACAGACACACAACUGCCUCUUAUCAAUGAUAACGCGCCUGUUAUAGGGAACUUUAAAAGUUUCGCGUUACCAAAGCCGAUACUGUUGAAUAGGCUGAAGGUGACGAUGAAAGUACCAGAUAAAAGUUCUAAAGGUGGAGGCAAGAAAAAGAAGGGCAAAGCGUCCGCGUCGAAGGGCGAUGGCGGUGAAGAGGAAGAAGAUGACGAAGAAGAGUCUGGGGACGAAGCUGACCUUUCCAAGUACGAUUUAUGGGGCAGUGAUAACGAGCAAGGUUCGUCAAAGGCAGACGCAGAAAAGGCUAAGGAAGGGGAGGGAUCCAAAGAGGUUUCAGAUCCGGCCGAUAAAAACGGUAAACGUCCGUCACCAGAGGCCAAGAGGAGUAAGAGAAGGUCUAGUUCCUCAUCAUCUUCAAGUUCGUCUUCCAGUUCCAGUUCUAGUCAAACAUCUGCUCCAAAAAACAAGUUCGAUGAUUUCAACUUGAACAGUGAGCGGGAGGGGUCGCCGCGCGGGCGCAAGUCUCGAUCACGCUCGCGGUCGCCCGGGUCACGAGCCGGCCCCAGGCGCAAGUCCCGGGACAGUCGCUCUGCAGGGGAGACUAGGAACUCUCGCGAUAAGGAGUACACGCGCGAUCGGGAGCGUCGUGACAAAUCGCGAGGCGAGCGUAAAGAGCGUCGCUACAGCCGCGAAGGCAACCACUACGGCGGGCGCGGCCGCCACCGCUAGCUCCACGCUGCUCGUCCAUCGACUGGGGUAUGACGCCAGAACCACAGACCAUGAUCUACUUUAAAAAGUGGUGCAAAAUCAGUGUCUCAUGAUACAAUUAUAAAUUAUGCAGUAUAAACCGACUGGGUACAGCCAAAUCUAUCCUGUAGUAAUCUUGUGUCGACGACGACGUAGUCCUAAAAAGUCGCGUUUUAACGAUCCUGUAAUUAUUUCCAUUUACUAUACGAGUAUAUGUGUGAUAUGCGACUGUCGUGUAAAAUCCUUCGGGUAUAGACAUAGGUAUAGUUUUAUGGUAAUUUUGAUAAGAAAUCAACCAUGGAGCUACUGCUUAAGGUUGUCAUGUAAAUAAUGUGCUAAUGAAAAUUGUUGACAUUGGGUUCUUGUGAUAUGAUCUCAACAUAAAAGUAAAAGAAAUUGAUAAUAUUCUUAUUACUUUCAUGUACGAGUGUUUUUUGUUGGUAGACUACUAUAUUUAUGCAUUUAAGUAUUUUUGAAAAUUAACGUGUAAGUCAAAAUUAUAGUGGAAAUUCAGCUCAUUUCGUUACAAUUUAGGUCUGUGUAAAAAUUAUAUAAAAAUGUGUAUAAAGGCGAUGGGGUUUUACAAAAGGACUAAAAAAAUUAUGAACUUUAUAGAAUGACAAGGAUUUCGUGGCGCGUGGAUGAGAUGUACCAUCCCCAUACAUUAUAUUCUACAUUUAUAAAGUUACGAUUACCACACGCACCAAAACAUCCUUGUCAAACUAUAUGUAUUAUGUCAUUCGUUUGUUUUCAUAACUACAUGUCCAUAGUGUAUUAUGAUUAUUUUUUGGGGUAUGAGUUAGCUUUCUCACAGCCCACCCCGUAUAAAAUAGCGAGUGGGGAAACGGCGUGACGUGGUAACAUGAACCUUCUAGUUGUAAACAAAACAACGAAAAUCCUUGCGUUCUUUCUGUGGGUACUAGCUAUUUUUUUAAUUCUGUAAAUACCUAUUACGCUAUAUUUUAUAGUACUAAAUUCUAUUUUUUCUUUCCGAGUACCCAUGUAUGUAAACUGUCCGGAACUAGGUAUAAAGACAUUUGUUAUUACUUAAGAUUGAGGAAAUGUCUAGUGAUACGUUAUGUUUAAGCUAACAGUGUAUGGUAAUUGAUUUACCAUUAAAUCAAAAUUAAUAUA